GGUGAAUCUGCCCACAACCCAUCCUUUCUUGAACACUCGUGAUCCAGUUGUCGAUAUUGGAUCCUUCCCAGGAUUUGAUGGUCCUAUUGAGAAAUGAAAGAUGGAUGCCACAAUAAUCGAAAAGUCAUUCGACUCCAGGCUCAUAUCGCCAUGAAGCCCCUCGACGGCUUACUCUUCGCUGGUCCACGAAGGGUGUUGGCAGUUAUUCCACCAGGCAGCCGAAUAAGCUCGACUCCUAUUUGCUCUCCUAUUCGGACUUUUCGCUUGCAGCGUUUCAAUGUUCGGACAGCAUAAGGAGCUCCAGUGCCCUUUAAUCACGGAACUGCUAACGGGUGGAGGCCAUUCAUCGCUAAGGCAAAGCAGUUUCUUCGUACUGCUGGCAACGGACGCGUCACGGCGAUGAUGGCCCCGCAGAAACUGCCGUAUGAAACCAUUUCAGAGGGGAUAUGUGAGGCUCAGCACCUAGUAGAGUUAGGGAUCUAUAAAUGAGAGAUUCCGACUUCGUUUGGUGAUGGCUACUUUUCUGAAUCUUUACUGAGAAUAUCAAUCUCAGUAUCACUUGUUGCCGCCUUUGACUUCUCUUUCCCAGAUAUCCAUCGCCUGAUUUGACCAAGAUGAGCGCAACAUCUCCCUCCUCCCCCCUCCUCGCCUCAACAGACACCAACCCGCCCAAAGGAGGACCUGGUCUCAACGCCUCCCUCUUCCUCGAACCUUCUCCCGCCUCUGCCCCUUCCGAAAUCGAGGACUGCCUUGCCGCCGACGAUGAUUUCAAUAGCGACGAUGACAACGACAACAACAACAAGGUCACCAAAAGGUUCGGAAUCAGUGCCUCCCUGGUGAUGAUCACCCGCCUCAUCCUCUUCGUUCUCACCCUCGCCAGCAUCAUCACCUGGGCCGUCGCCGGAAGACUUGGCAAUAACCGCUUUGUGGUGGUCAUCUUCGUUGAGCUGAUCUUCAUGUUGAUCACGAAUGGGUGCUUUGUCUUGAAGCUGGUGCGGGAGAACCGGCGCAGCAAUGUCCAUGGUCUCAACUUCAAGAUUCCUAGAAUCUCACUCGCGGUUGGAGACUGGUUUUGUGUCCUUGGCGGUAAGGACUUCUUGGGGCAGAAGUGGAUGGAUAGUGAUAAGAAGACGAGGAGAGUGAGAAGCCUUCUUGUGAGGUUGUUUGGGGUGUUUAUCGAGUUGUAUCUUGGGAUAACGUUGAUCGUUUUUACGAAGUGCGCCUUCGACGAUGCUUGGUGGUACUACUUGAACAGAUGGCAAGCUCCUCUCAUCCUUGGAUAUGUUAUCGGAAGCUUCCAGCUUCUUGCCGUCAUCCUCGACCAGAUCAAGCCGCUUGGCCGGAGAACUACCAUCGAAGUCGCAUACCACAGCGACGGACCUGUGCAAAAGGAUUAUUACAUUCAACUCCCCGUUGAGACCGAGGCCGAGGUAGUGAAUCCUCCGAUGUCCAUCGCCGCUUGAUUAUACGCCUCUAUACAUACGGUAAACAGGGACUUCUUCCACUGAAUCGUCUUGGAUCUUGAAACGUUGCAACAGUGGCAAGAGAGUACAACGUUGCGAGCUGGGUGCUUUACGGAUGAUGAACAGAAGCUAUUACAUGUUGUAGUCUGCUGGCUACGUCGACGACAGUAUGCAAUGAAUGAAACCGAAAAUUGGAAACAUGGAUAGAAACAAGCAUGACCCCUUAGCUUGCGGAUAAACAAUAUAUAUAUUACCCUUUUUC